CAGGUGUCAGUCGGUAGCCAGAAAUCGUAACGUUCGCGCGCUUAUACCUAAUAACAUAGAAAAAACUGGUUCGGUUUACGGGUAAAUAACUUUAUUCUAAUAAUUCAACAAAAUAGAAUCUUUCAAUACUACAUCGAAAGUAAAAUAAGAAUGAUUAUGAUGACAAAUCUUGAUCAGAUGGAACUAUUUAUUAAAAAUGAUCGGUGAUUUUUUAAGCAGUGAAUUUUCUUCGUAAUUUUGUAUAAGUGCUACGAGGUAUCUUUGGAAGUUGCCUUCGUAAUUUGAAUUUCCUCUUCUUUUAAGAAGAGCAAGUGAUGCCUGCAAUUCGACUUUUUGGCAGAAAAUGGUUGGCAGCCUCGGAUGAUCUUGUUUUCCCUGGAUUGUUUGAAAUAUCAGUAAGGUUCUUAUGGUUAAGUUUAAUAAUUUGCGUCCAUUUAAAAUACUACGAAUCAACAUGGGAAUGUUCAAAAGGUGGUCAAUACGUCCGAACCUACAUCAUAGGGAUGAUGUCCCUUCUAUCAAUCGUCAUCUUAGUACUCGUAACAUUAAUAAAUCGAAGCGCUCAAGGAUCGAUAACCGACGAAGAAGCAAGGAAACACGUUCCAUCAAUACUCCUGGUUAAACUUUUCCUAAUAAUUCCAGAAGCUGUUUUAAAUGUUUUUGGUACAAUGUGGGCAUUUUGCGGCGAUCUCGUCGUUUGUCCUUACGAAGGGCACUUUUCACGUACCGUAAUCGAAGCUUUAGUAAUUUUUAAUUGGGCUCUAUUUGGUUUAGCCAUUUUUGGUUUGGCUUUAAUUUUCGAUCCGGUCGGUUCAAGAAGAUAUCACGAAGUUCAAGAAACGCCGAGCGCCGGUGAAUCUUUAAGACACCGCAAAGUUACCAACGUUUGGCAACGACGCUUUCGAUGGGUUUUCUGUUGGGUACGAAAAGACGAACAUGGACACGAAGCUUUCCAACAAGUCGCCGCUUUAUUAAGCGCUUUAUUUCGAAGCACCGAUUUAGUUCCGUCCGAUGUUAUGGCCGGUUGCAUUUUACUCAGAGUGAAACAAAAACGUGAAACGCGCGAAAUGAGACGAAUUCAAAUGAUAUCGAGUGACGAACCGAAAUAUACGACGGAUUUAAAUAGAAUUUUUUGUAUGGCACCGAAAUGGGUUAAUUUAGAAAAUGCACGACAUUUUUUGAGAUUAUCUAUGGCAGCUUAUGGAUGGCCGUUUGUUAUGUAUAGAUAUUGCGCAACCGGAAUGUUUAGACUUUUGAAAGAGAUCACUUGCUGUUCUUGCUUUAGAAGCAAAGCGGUUAUGGUUACGGAUGAUAAUUGUUGUUUGUGUCAUUUAGCUGGGUUUAAAUAUACAUCAAAAGUAAGAGAUCAAGAUAUUUUGUUUGCAUCAUUUAGAAAUCAUGUUUUUGAGUUACCAUUUUGUGUUUUGGCAGACCACAAAACCUCAAACAUUGUAAUCGCAAUUCGCGGUUCGAUUUCUCUCAGAGAUAUCUUCACCGAUUUAACAGCGACGUCAGAUCGUUUCGAAGCAGAUGGUUUACCACCUGAUACAAUGGCUCAUAAAGGGAUGAUAAUCGGUGCUAAAUACGUAGCAAAGCGACUGAAAGAAACUGGAAUUAUCGAUAAAGCGCUUGGACUUUACCCGGAAUAUGGUUUGGUUUUAACAGGUCAUAGUUUAGGAGCUGGAGUAGCUGCUCUUCUUGCCUUGAAAAUGCGACCUAAUUAUCCCGAUUUAAAAGUGUAUGCAUUCGCGACUCCCGCUGGGGUUUUAAGUAGGGAAGCAGCUAAAAUGACUGAAUCAUUUAUUUUUACUGUUGGAGUUGGGGAUGAUUUUGUGAUGCGUUUGGGUGUGGAUAGUAUUGAAAAUGUUCGAACCGGGAUUAUUCAAACGCUUCAUGCAAGUAAACUACCUAAGUAUCGAAUUAUGUUAAAUGGUUUUGGUUAUGCACUUUUCGGAAUUCCAUCUGGUGAUUUAGAAUCAACUUGGCGAGAUUACACUUCGAAUUCACCGGGAACAUCGCCGCUUCUCGGGAGAAGGCCAGUACCAACCGUUGCGGCUUCAACGGAAGCCGCCCUUUUAUCACGUGAUAUAGGUGUUAGAAGAUUCUCAAAAACACGUCUUUUUACACCCGGCAGGAUACUUCAUAUUGUUCAUAGGAAAAAGACUAAGGCGGAGAGGAAAGCUGGAACUGGUGGUCCAAGUUUUGAGAUGCGGUGGGCCACGGCUGAAGAUUUCAUGGAAUUGAAAAUUAUGCCAAGGAUGAUUUUGGAUCAUUUACCAGAAAAUGUUUAUAAAACACUUGACACAAUUCUUGUAGAACAAAGAAAUAACGCAAGUGAAGUUAUUUGAAUCAUUCCAAAAUUAUAUAAGAAUGCUUAUUAAUUGAUAACAAAAUAAUCAACAAGAAUCAGUCACAGAAUCGAACCAAUAAUUUUUUAAUCUACAAAUAAUGAUUAUUUUGUUGUCAAUUUGUAACUGAAUAUAUUAAUAAUUGAAAAGCAAUUAAAAAACAAGUGAUUUAAAAAAAGGAAAACAUAUCAGCAGUGAUUGAUUUCUUAUCUCAUUUUUUUACCGUUUUAACUUUGAUUUUUUUAUUUACUUUUGAUUGGUAAUUUUAAGUUUUUGAUGAUC